AUGUCGAACAGUGCACCGUGGACGCAGACCCGGAAGAAACCGGUUUACUCUAAUGAGGAGCAGCAGCGCGUCCUCUUCACAGCGCUGGAGGCCGCAAAGCCACAGAUGAAGCUGACACGCGAGGUCUUGGAGCGAUUGGCGCGCGAGACGAAACUGACGGAAACGUGGGUGCGGAGCUGGUGGGGCAAUCAGAAGAUGCGUGAGAGAGAGCGCGAGCGGGGAAGACAGCAAGCAGAAGAAGGCGAGGACGGUGGUAUUUCGACGCGUUUGAAGACAAAGGCAAAGGCGAAACGCAAAACCAGAGACGACGACGAUGAAGAUGAAGAUAAUGAUGUCAAGCGCAAACCCAAACGCGUCCGUCACGCAAGCCCUCUUUCCGUGCUCAGCUCUGUUCCCUCCAGCCCAACGCUGCUUUCGCCUGAAAUCGCUACGAACAGUAACGCGGCUCAGUUGCUCACGCAGACCGACGCCAACGAUGCUCGACAACAACCCCAGCUCCCGUUCCAAGUCCCUGUACCGCCUGCUGUGAAUUUCAACUUGCAGGAGACACUCCCGAAUCCAAUGCAAGCCCAGAACCAUCCCUACCAGCAACUCAACGCAAUGCCAUAUCCGCAGUUCCACCCCUACCAGCAACAACAACAAUUGAACCAGCUCCAAUACCAGCAACUCAACGGCUUCCAAACACUGAACCCAUACAAUAAUGCUCUCUUCCAGCAACAGAUACUCCCUCUUCUCUCGCUUCCUUAUCAGAACUUCAACCCUUUCUUCGCAUUUCCCAAUCUCAACGCUUUGCGCCAGCCUAAUUACAACAUCCCGAUGCAGAUUCCCACCGCACAACAGCAAGCGGCGGCGCCGUUCUCAAGUCUGAACAUGUUUGUACCCAAGAGAGAGGACGACGACGCGCAAGUGACGCAAUGGCUGCGCAUGCUGGAGUAG